CCCAUGCCGCAGUACCCCGCUAAACUUGAAUUAACUUCGUGCUAAACUUUAAUUUAGCAACGUGCGAAAAAGCUGAUGAUUCGUUGCGAAAACAGUGCGAAUUUGAUUCGAAUUUAAUUCAUAAUUAAAAGAAAGAUCUCUUUGACGAGAUGCCGACAUCCCUUCCACCUGAAGAGGAGGAGGAAAUUGUUGCAGAAGACGUGGCCGGGUCCGGGUCUAAUGCAGAUAGCGUAGAGGCAAUUUUUCUUGAUGAUUCGGACGAAGACAAUGAACCGGAAGAACCAGAGGAACGUGUCGUCAUCCCGUCCUUGGUCGAAGAGGAUGAAGAAGUCAGUAAAUGUUCCGAUGUCGCAACUAUCCUGAAGCUGUUGGAUGAUCGGAUUUUAGCUAACGGUGCCAAUGCAAAUAAUGCGCCCUAUAACCCUGUCAAAAUUUUAACGAGACUGUCGGAAAUAAUCGAAUAUGAAAUGCUUGAGUAUCUGAAAAUGGAUCCUGACCCAUUUGAUGAUCGUCACCCCUCAAGGACACAUCCAGACUGUUCGCUAGGCCAUUCUUUAAAAGCUCUGUUUAAGAAGGAGGUUUUUAUGACAAAAUUAGUUCACGAGUACCUGAAGGAGAAUUGGGGCGAGGGACUAGAUUUGGAAAUAAAUACUGCUGCGUGUCGCCUAUUUGUUAAUAUUUUACCAGGAUUGGAAACUUCUGUAGUGUACCAGGAAACGGAAGGAUUGCUGUUAAAACUAUUCACUUGGGCUGAGACUGCUCCAGAGCCGUUGAAAUCGUAUUCGCUUGGACUACUUGGAGCAUCAAUGGAGGUUCCUGAAAUUGCUGGAAAGUUCAAAGAAAAGAAUAUUCAUUUAGUCCAACUUAUGCUUGAACGCUUACGAGAGUUACAGAAUGAAUUUUUCGUGUCAACCAAGAAUGCAUUGAGUCGUCCUUUUUCACAGUUUGCGAAUCGUAGCGAUUUAAAAACAAUUCCAGAAAACCCACUUUUGGACAGCAAUGGUGAAGUGGUGGAUCGUAUCGCAAAUGAAAUCCUGAGUAUUGCAACUGCAAAUAGAGUACCAAAUGGUGGUACAGCUUCCACUACGAAUGGAUGUGAUGUCGAUGUGGACUUUGUGGAUUCUGGAUGUUUAUCUUCUGUUAUAACACCAGUGGGAACUCCGAACCAAAAACGGAGACCAAAUACACUCCCAGAAAUUAAAGUGUCAAGUGAACAUGAUAUCUCAACACCACCAAGUUCCACUCCACAAACUCCUAAAACACCACAUAACAAUGCAGUAGCAAUAGUGGGACUUCAAACGCCAACCAAUGUUACUCCAAAGUCUUCAAAGAAAACCAGAGCAAGCCUGACGCAGAAACAUUUCUUGGAACCAUCUUUACAAAAUAAGGCGAAACGGAGGAAAUUGGCAAGUUCAGUUGCAGACACGACAGAAAUUGAAGAGUGUAGCACGAGCUCUAGCUGGGCCGAAUUAGAACCAAAUAUCAUUGGAUCGUGGCAAGUAUUUCCAGUAAAUUUGGUGGCACGACAAAUCUUUACUCUCCGGUAUCUUGCCCCCCUUGGGGAAUAUCAAGAGAUGUUGGGAUAUGCUUUCGAGCAAAAUGCAAUUCAAAUAAUUUUGAGAUAUCUAUCAAAAUCUCAUCAGACCAAGGAGACAUCGCGAUUAACGUUCGAAGCACUGAAAUAUCUUGGAGCAUUGUUGUGUCAUAAAAAGUUUGCAUUGGAAUUUCUUCAAGCUGGAGGGCUGCAGAAACUGUUACAAGUGCCAAGACCAAGUUUGAGCGCAACAGGAGUAUCUUUGUGUCUCUAUUACAUUGCUUACUCUGAGGAUGCGAUGGAAAAAGUGUGUCUGAUGUCAAGAAAUACGCUACAUAACCUCAUCAGUUAUGUCCUAUGGCUGUUGGAAUGCGCCCAUAACUCUGGGAGAAACCACGCCAUCAUGUUUUUCGGAGUCAUCUACCCCUUCAAGACCAUGUUGGAUCUGUUUGACGUUCAAGAUGGGUUACGAGCCAUUCUAAAUGUGAUAACGACUCAACCAUCGUUCGUCCAGAUGCGAAAAAGCAUUGAUGGGGGGCAAAGAGAUCAGUUGGGGACGACAGCAAAUGACUUUCUCGACAACCCAGAAGACGAAUUGGACAUAUCUGACGAGGAGCAGAUGAUCAGCAGACAAAGCGUGAGACAAGUCAGUUUCAACUUGAAACGAUACUUCGAGUCGCACUUGGGAUUCACAGCGGACAAGUUGAAGAGGACGAUUGGCAAGAACCAUCAUAGCCAUCCACAAACGACAGGGUCUAUAAUACCUCCAUACAAGUCUCUAAAGCCAUUUACAGCGAUGGAGUUGACAUCACUACACACUACGAUUCAAGAUUUACUACCAGGAAACGCUCAACGUUGGGCCCCUGUGGACAGAUUUUUGAAUCAGAGUGGCUUAGAAACAGUCAUGCAAACGAUGGCGAUGGCAUACGAGUGGAACUAUUCUGGGCGUGGUGAAACCGUUCGAAACAUGCUGGAUGUUUUGGCUGUCGCCUGUCUCAUUCCGCGCACACAGCUCAUGUUGACUGAACGCUAUAAAAUCAACGGGUCUAAUGAACAUAGUGGGAUGAGUAUUAUCUUGAGUGCUGCUGAGGGAGAAGUCGUGAAUGAACCGGAUGUGAAAAAGAGUGCUCUCCAAGUCAUCGGAAAUUGUGUGUGCGGUCCAAUUCAUCACAAGAAGCCAAGCGAGACGCAAAUAAAAAUUUGGGAAUGCACCCGGAUCAAUAACGGAAUUUUAAUUUUAACGAAACUCCUCCAAACCAAAUCACCUAUCACUGAUGCGGACAACAUUCGUGCCAUGGCGUGUUGGUGUUUAAGCGGACUUGCGAGAUAUCGUCACGUUCGUCAAGUUCUGCAACAAUUGCCACUGAUUCGAUCCGGAUUUAUUCAAAAUUUAAUGACUGAACCCAUCCUGCAAGACAAACGACACGAUCACGCAAUGUUUCAAAAAUAUGCAAUGGAAAUUAUUAAGCUUGUUCACGGAAAAGAAGACAACUUUAUCCUAGACUUUGGCGAUGUGAUUCGAAAAUCGGAUUUGAUCAGUCAAAGUAAAGUCGACUAUUACGGGAACGAUCUCACAGAACUGAUACAUGAUCACUUGGUAAAGGCUGGAUUAUCUGAGACUGCCGCAGUUUUGCAAAUGGAAGCAAAAUCUAGACAUAACUACAAGAUUAGCAACUCUGCAUCUUCAGCACCGAUUAAUUUAGAUAAAAUUGUGCGACAAUAUCUCUUAAAUCAACACUCACUCUGUAAAACGCCAAUGAUAACAUGUCCUACUUUUGAAUUAUUGAAACCACACAAGUGCCCAAGUAAGUCUGACCGACCGCGAGCGUCAGACUUUAGAACGAUGGGGACCAACUUUGGGUCUAGAUUUUUUAAAAGGCAAAUCGGUGGUAAUUCACACGGACACGAGGACAAGAAACUAAUCUACUCUAGAUUCAAACCUUUUAGAGUUCUAAGAAGUGCAGACAUUUCUGGAGAUGAGGAAGUUAGUUUUACCACGUGCGCUUUCUCUCCGUGUUAUCAGUGGACAAUUGUAGGCACUAGCGCAGGGGAUGUUAAACUUUUUAAUAAUUCAAACUUGCAAGAGGAUGGAACUUAUCCGUGUCACGAGUCGGAAAUUUAUCACGUCGAAGCCAAUAAUAAAUGUUCAUUGCUGUUAACCUCCAACACUUGGAGGAGACCGCUCAGCGCUCUUUGGAAGAUGGAAGGUCUCUUCGAUAAAGUGAUUGAAUUUGAGAGAGAAGAAUACGUCGAGUUUUCUAAACACACACAAGACAAAGUUAUCGCAACGAAUAGUGACACAGCGUCCGUUUUUGACAUUGAGACAAAAACCAGACUAAUGACUCUGAAGCCGAGAAUGUCGAACCAAUAUUUAAAAAACAGAGCAACCUUCGACCCUUACGAUGAGUUAAUUUUAUCGGAUGGAGUUUUGUGGGACUUUAAGUCUGGAAAAGAGGUUCACAAGUUUGAUAAACUAAACGAAAAUCUAAAUGGUGUCUUCAACCCAAAAAAUGGGCUAGAAAUUAUUUCUAACACUGAAAUCUGGGAUGUGAGGACCUUUCACUUGUUAAAAACUGUUAGACAAUUAGAUCAAUGUCAGUUAACGUUCACGAAUGAUGGCAGCAUAAUUUAUGGGGUCAAAAUUGAAAGAGAAGAGCAUCCAAAUAGUGACGGAACAGUGACAUUUAGACAGGCAGACACCAGUUUUGUCGUGAUUGAUAAUUGUGAUGAUUAUUCCAGCAUUGCUACAAUUGAGCUGAAAAGACACAUUAUGGCAUUGGCUACAUCACCCAACGACUUACAGUUGGCGUUAAUUGAGAAUCACACGGCUCCUGAUGAGACCAUGUCCACGCCAGAUUCAUGCGUCAGAUUUUAUGAAGUUGGAAGAAAUAGAUGUGAUGAGCUAACCAAUGCAGACGGAGUUGAGGAUGAAGAUGAUGUGCAGUCAGAUGACGAUGAAGACGUCGACGACGACGAUGAUGAUGAUGACGACGAAGACGGAAUGGGAGAUGAUGAUGAGUCCCUUGAUGAUGACGAUGAAGAUGGAGAUAGAGAUAAUGAUUUAGAUCGUCUCUUGGAUCACCUUCUUGAACCGAAUCGCCAACUAUUUAUGCGAAAUGGUAACAAUAAUGAUGAUGCUGAAGAAGAAGAGUCAUCAGGAUCGUCCUGGAAUGAUGAUGACGAUGCAGACGCAUCUUCUAGUUCAGAUGAUGACGACACCGAUUAAUUUGAAGCAAAAUUAAAAAAUUUAGUGUAAAUAUAUAAUAUAUAUUUAGCCUAAUCGUCCUCGUAGUGCAUUUAUCUUAGAAACUAUCUUGUAUAGAUAAUUUUUCUUGAAUGUGGGAUGAUGCGAAUGAAAAAAUUCAUAAAAAAUUUAGAAAGAUGGAACCAUAUAUAAAAGUCUUCCCUUGUGAUACAUGAUUAUUUUUACAGUAUGAAUAAAACAUGUAAUCGAUAAUAAGCAAUCCGA